AUGGUGUCGGUGAAAAAGGCAAGGUCGGACAGGUUUUCCUUGAAGAAAGGCUCCUUGAAAAAGAAAGUGAAGAAAUUGGGGAAGAAAAAGUCGAAAUCGACGCGUGAUGAGGCGUCGGUUCAUCAUGUAGAGGAUAACGGAAAUGCUGAGGUUGUGGGCGAUCACGAUGAGAUGGCUUCAGAUGAAGACAAUGUUGUGAAGGCGGUUGGAAGUAAGAAAGCCAGCACGAAGCAUCUAAUGGAUUUACAAAAGCUGAAAGAAAGCGAUCCAGAAUUCUACAAAUUCCUCCAAGAACAAGAUGCAGACCUUCUUGAAUUUCAUGACUCUGAUGAUGAGGAAGAUGAAAUUGAGGACGACGAGAAGAAUGACGAAGAAGAUGGCGACGAGAAUUUGCUUGAUGCAGAGCAACAAGCUGGUACUGCAACGCAGCAUGUGCCCAUGGCUAAAAAGGACAGCAGUGGACGGUUCAUAUUUGACGGUCGGAUGCUAGAUCAUUUACAGACGGUGCUCGAUCCGGAAGACCAAAAACGGCGCAUUCGUGAAGAAGAUAUCAGAUUCGCAGUUGAGGCGUUCAACGCCUGCGUUUCUCGCGUCGGUGCUGAUGUGGAAGUACCGAAGUACGUCAUCAAUGAACAGAGAGUCUUCUAUGAAACGGUGCGACUAUGUUUUGAGAAGCUCGGAGAUGUGUUCAUAACAUUGGUAUCCAGCUCUGUAAGUCCAUAUUCAUUUGUAAAACGGAUUACUUUGAUAGAAAGUCUCUGA